UUGAAUUCAGCGACUUCACCAUGCCGAGACCUUGUUCAUCCAAGAACAGGCGUUUCGGAUUGUCCCCAACGUAAGUACUUGUGUGAAAAUCCCAUCUACCGUCAAUUAAUGGCUGAACAGUGUCCGUUAACGUGCAAUAAAUGUAAUGGUGCAACUAAUAAUGUGGGACCAGGAAGAGUCUGUCAAGAUCUUGUCCAUCCCCGAACUGGUGUGUCGGAUUGUCCACAAAGGAUAGGAUUAUGUCAAAAUGCGAUAUAUCGGCAGCUUAUGAGUGAGCAGUGCCCUAAAACAUGUGGCUAUUGUGUUUAGGG